AUGCGUGGAAACGCUAUCAAGCGGUCAGGAACAACGAAGAGCCGCAGUCAGGGGAACAGUUUCCCACUGCAGUGGCUAGGUGACGCGGACGAGCGACACCCGGGUAGUCCACCGGAGCUACUACGCACAGCGUACAAGAAGAGAAAUGAAGACUCGAGAGACGAUGGAAAGAUUCAGCUCUACCCGGAGAAGAAACAGGAACCAGCCCAGCUGCUGGGAGGGAUAGCUAUUCAUGCUAGCACCGGUCCUGCCUGCCACCAACUGGUACUUCCAUCGAGCUACUACGAGUACGCCAAUUCUCGACGCGGCUCGCUCUCUCUGGAAGGCUCGCAGCUGCAACACAGAGCUGCUACAAGAAACGUCGAUACCAUCUCCCCCGACACACUUCUGCUCUUCAGUGCACUCCAGGUGUUGUUCUCGCAUACAUCCCGGAUUAGCACUGACUGCUACUUGCGAAACCUCCGUUUCCUGUCAGCGCUGGCCUCCAGUAGGCUUUCGACUGGCGUCACCGAGUGA